UUCAAGUUGAGAUGACGACAAAUUUGGCACUGUAUCGUCUGCUGGUGUUCAAUUUGCUAGAGAUCAAUUUGAGAAAUGUCUUGGUGUUCCACUGCUGGUCUGGGCCGGAGGCGUAUCCUUUAGCUGUGAUGAUGAGUGAGAGCCACAUCUAUUCGCAAUAUAUUGACCUGCAACAGAAUGCUGGUAGCUUGGCCGACAUACACAAGGAUUACUUGGACACCGAUAACGAUAUCACCAAAAUGGCUGUGUUCCUGGACUUGGGCUGUCCUCAGGCGGGUUUCAUAACAAAUCAGUCCAGUCGUGCCCGUACCUAUAACCGUCGCUUUCAUUGGCUGCUCUUCGAUCCAAUGGGUAACCUGACGAAUCUGGCCGAGCUCUUUGUCCGUGCCAAUAUCAGCCUGGAUGCCGAUGUGACCUACAUCGAGCGGCGGGCAGAGGAGGAGGACGACGAUGAAGGAGAAAUCUUUGUGUUGCAUGAUGUCUACAACAAGGGCAGCCACUUGGGCGGCGCACUCAACGUAACCAUUGACCAGAGUGUCCAGUGCAAUGGCAGCCACUGCUGGGUCAGGGAUUAUCUCAGCGAUCUGCAUGAGCGGACGAGGCUGCAGCAGCGCAUGGAUCUGACCAACAUCACCUUUCGAAUGGCUGCCUUGGUCUCAGUGAUGCCGCUCACUUCCAAGGAGGAAGUUCUAAUGGGGUUUCUGACCAGCGAAGAGGAUGCCCAUUUGGACUCGAUUUCACGGCUGGGCUAUCGCCUCAUCCUGCACAUCCAGGACAUUCUCCAUUUCAACUUGAGCUACAUUUGGGUGACUGACUGGAGCAUCCAGGAUGCAUUUGGCGGAGCCAUCGGCCUGCUGGGCAAUGAAUCGGUGGAGCUGUGUAGCUCUCCCUUCAUUGCCACCUGGAACCGCAUACACUUCGUCCAUCCCAUGACCGAGCUGGCCGAGUUUCGAGCCGUUUGCAUAUUUCGCACGCCGCACAAUGCCGGCAUCAAGGCGACCGUAUUUCUAGAGCCCUUCAAGCCCAGCGUCUGGCUGGCCUUUGGGGCCGUGCUGAUCCUCGCCGGGUGCCUGCUGUGGGUAAUCUUUCGCCUGGAGCAGCACGGGAUGCAGCGGUGCCUGGAGUUUAUGCCUUCCCUGCUCAGCAGCUGUCUGAUCAGCCUGGGGGCUGCCUGCAUACAGGGCUCCCACUUGCUGCCCAAGUCCACGGGUGGAAGAUUGGCAUUCAUUGCCAUCAUGCUGACCUCCUUCAUCAUGUACAACUACUACACAUCGAUUGUGGUAUCCAUGCUCCUCGGAUCGCCAGUACGCUCUAACAUAAAGACCGUGCAACAGCUGGCGGACAGCUCCCUGGACGUGGGCAUCGAUAAUGUGCCAUUUACCAAGGCCUACCUGACGUCCUCUCCCCGUUCGGAUAUACGCAGUCUGUACAGGCAGAAGGUGGAAAACAGGCGGGACCCCUCUACCGUCUGGUAUGAGCCAGAGGAGGGGGUGAUCAAGGUGCGGGAUCAACCAGGAUUCGUGUACAUCUCGGAGGGUUCCUUCAUGUACCACUAUGUGGAGAAACACUAUCUGCCCCGGGAGAUCUCUGAUCUCAAUGAGAUCUUGCUGCGGCAGGAGAGCUCCGUCUACCACAUGAUUCACCUGAACAGCAGCUAUCGGGAGCUGAUCACCCAGCUGGAAGUGCGACUCGUGGAGUGUGGCCUGACCUCGAAGCAGCGGCGCUUCUUCACCAAAACCAGGCUUCAGACCUACACCAACAGCUUUGUGAUCCAGGUGGGAAUGGAGUACGCUGCCCCACUGUUUCUGUCCCUAUUGGCCGGCUACUCCAUGGCUCUGGUGAUCCUACUCAUGGAACUGGCUUGGAAGCGAGCUGAAAGGCAGACCAUGACUAUGGGCCGCAGUCUCUUGCCUCAGGAGAAGUGA